ACGGGCGGGACGGGCGUGCGCGGGGCGGCGGCUGGAGAGCGCCGCUGAGCACCAGGUCGCUCGCGGCCGAGUCGCGGAGGCGCCUCCGCUGCAGUCGCUGCGUCUCCAAGGUGGGGCUGUCAGACCGCCCCCCGCAGAGCCUCCAGCUUCCCCGGGCCUUGGCUACCGUCCGCGGGCCUGUGGCGAUGGAGAGGCGCUGCCAGGACACCUUCCCGCACCCCUGGGAGCAGCGCCCGAGGAUCUGAGGAGCCCUUUAUUCUGCGGUUUCGGUUACGUAAACGGAGCCCAGGGAGCAACAUGGCUGACAAGGCCAAGCCCGCCAAAGCUGCCAACAGGACGCCCCCCAAGUCCCCGGGGGACCCCUCGAAGGACCGGGCGGCCAAGAGGCUGUCGCUGGAAUCGGAGGGUGCCAGUGAGGGGGCAGCUGCAUCCCCUGAGCUCAGUGCCCUGGAGGAGGCCUUCCGGCGCUUUGCUGUACACGGGGACACCAGGGCCACCGGGAGGGAGAUGCAUGGCAAGAACUGGUCGAAGCUGUGCAAGGACUGCCAGGUGAUCGACGGCAGGAACGUGACUGUCACUGACGUGGACAUCGUCUUCAGCAAGAUCAAAGGGAAGUCUUGCCGGACCAUCACCUUUGAGCAGUUCCAGGAGGCGCUGGAGGAGCUCGCCAAGAAGCGAUUCAAAGACAAGAGCAGCGAGGAGGCCGUUCGCGAGGUGCACAGGCUCAUCGAGGGCAAGGCGCCCAUCAUCUCAGGGGUGACGAAAGCCAUCUCGUCGCCCACCGUGUCAAGGCUCACGGACACCACCAAGUUCACGGGCUCCCACAAGGAGCGCUUCGACCCCUCUGGCAAGGGCAAGGGCAAGGCUGGCCGCGUGGACCUGGUGGACGAGUCGGGCUAUGUGUCCGGCUACAAGCACGCAGGCACCUACGACCAGAAGGUGCAAGGGGGCAAGUAGCCCCCGCUCCAUGCCCCGUGGCACUGCCGGUGUCCCCGGAGCAGGGACUCUGUCACCUCGCACUUCAUUACAUUCCUGUGCUCACUGGGGCAGAACUCAGACGGGUGCCCCUCCUCCUGCCGGAUGCCCCCAGCACUCCCCUCUCAAACCAGGCUUGGGCCCCAGUUCACUGACCCUCCUAAUACACCUGCCUCAUCCUCAGCCAUUUCCAAAGUGUCUCGCGGAUCACACCACACUGGGCACGUGGUUUGCAGGUCAAAGGGGCGUUUUAAGGGAGCUGGCUGUCAUGGCAACAGGAGGCUGUGCUGACCUCCUGAGCGGCAGACACCUUCCAGGAGCCCUGAGGGCGGCAGGAGCUAACCCCAACCAGCAGGCAACUAACACGGAGUUGGCCCCACACCGAACGUGGGAGGUGUCUGUGGGCCCGAGGCCUGUCCUGCAUGCAGCGGACACCACGGGGCCUUCCUGCUUUCCUGGGCAGAGGGCAGAGUGAGGCCACCUGGCGGGGGUGCUGGGCACCUGGCACAUGUGUGGGGAAGCCGGUCACAUGGACACACGUGUGCACACAUGCCUACAGGCCAGCUCUGUGCCAAGGGCAACCUUGGUAAAAGGAAAGCUGUGGGGGGUAGUGGGCGGCUUCCCGGCUGACCACAGUGGCUUGGACUGUGAAGGUGGAGCAGGCUCGCUUUGCUUUCCUGAGAAGAUGCGGUGGCUGCCUGUGUUCUCAGAGCGGGUCUGGGAAGAUUCAGAAUGUCUGGUCCCCGUGGUGUUGCCAGGCAAGAGACACGAAGUGCCGAGACACUCCUCGCCUCAUCGCGUGACAGGGCCUCUGCCCGGCCCUCCCGCUCGCCCGUCCUCGCUAGCUGCACCCUGUUUGCUCGCAGACCUCCCAUUGCCACAGCCCAAGCAUCUUCUUCAACUCUCCCGAAAUGGCUUGGCCUAACCUCUCCUGGCCAACCCCCCCGACCCCCCCGGAGAGCAGGACACUAGGGAGGACCCCCAGGCCUGCAGUGUCUGUGGGGGUUUCUCUGCCAGCAGGGGGCUGAGCAGAGCCCAUCCAGGACACUCCACACUGCCAGGACACACCCAGGUGGCCCGCCCUUGCCUGUCUGCACCUGGGGAGAAGCCGCCGCUCCUGCUCCCUCCUGGGGAGGCUGAUGGGUGUGGCCACCUGCCGUCACAAUGGCACACUGCCACUGUCCCUUGGCAUGCACACAGCCACAGCCGCACGUGUGACCUGCUGGGCCGUGGUUCUGGAGUCUACCUGCGGAUGAGCCUGCGGCAGUCUUGAGGAAACUCUUCCACAGCCUGUUAGCCCGUGGCUAUGGUCAGGCUCUGGCCAGGGCAGGGGGCUGCCCAGGGCCACGCUCACAGUACAGGAGGACGGCGAGGCACCUCCCUCACUGGCACGCAUGAGCGCCACCCGCCUCCCCGACUCCCAAGAGUGCACCUGCUGCAGCCACAGCCCCGUGGAAGGACUCCCCCUACCUGAGCAGAGCAGGAGCCCCAGGGCGGAGCUCCCAGCCAGCAUGGUCCACUGAGGGCUAGGGGUCUCCGAGGCCCCUCAACAGAGAAGCCUCCACCUGAGGAUGGGGAGGACCUGGCAGGUAGCUUCCAUGGCAGGGCUGGGAAGUUCAUGGUGCCUGGCAAUAAAGACCAAGGAAAAAUGGACCUCAGGCUUCGUGGCUCCUUUAGGAUGUCACCUCACCAGCCUGGGGAAGGCAGGGGGUGCCCAAGCCCAGCCCUGUGCCCCCGCUGAACCUGGCUGGACCGCGUGUGAAAGGCAGAACUAAUGUGCGGAAACAUUUGAAAACAACUCUGAAUGUGCAGUGCGGAAUCACCCGAUCACAGACGAGCGGUCACCGGAAUUGCCCGAUCACAGACGAGCGGCCACCAGAAUCACCUGAUCACAGCCCAUCACAACUCCAAAGCCCUUGUGCUGAAGAGGCCGAGGACGAGUGCUCACCAAACAGGGUGGCUCCCCAGGUCCCGAAGCCUGAGACCCGGAAGACCCUGGCACCCUUACACCCUCAGACUCCUGCCCUCCUUGGCCUCCCUGGCCCCAGCGCAGCUCCACCCUGGGCUGCGUCUCCUGGUCCCAGGCUGCAUUUCUCCUUUUUUUCCGUCUGUGGGCAGCCCGGUCCCCACAGUCACGGCCAAGCCACGCAGAAUGAAAGUGACUCCAGAGGCCCUCGCCCUGGAGCUGAGCCUGGCGCCGGGUCAGGACGGAGGGACGGGCGGGUUGGGGUCCGCGGGUCCUCACACCACACAGCAGGCACAGAGGCUCGCCAGGCCCUGCUCCGGUCUGUGGGGACGAGGGACACUGAGGAGAGGCGCUGGGCACCAGGAGGCAGCGUCCUGGUCCCUGGUUGGCCUCAGACAAGAACGGCCUCGAGAAAAGAGCCAAGCGCAUCGGGAGCACACCAGAAACCGGCCCUGAGCACGAGAAGUGCCUCCGCCCAGCCCGGGCACCACCCGACCUCGCAGGGAGCAGGCCGUCACCGACGGGUCACCUCGUCCACGCGGCGAGCACCAACUCACCACAGCCCUUCCCAGACCUGGCUGGAGCGGCCGGAGCGGCGGGGCUCGUGGCUCCCAUCUUGGCCCCCGGAGGUGAGCUCCUUCACAGAAGUGGUCCCUUCACUCUGAGGAAAAUCGUGGCGUGCAUCCUGAACCCUAGGACACGCCUGUGGGUUUCACGAAUGAGAUCGAGGCUGCUGUGGCACCAGCCCGUCCUGGCCUGGAGCACCCUAGGAUCCUGGAGGGAGAGGCCCCACGCCCCCACUCUCCCUCCACACUUCCAGGGUUGGUGCCCACGAGUCACAGGCACGGCCACUCCGGGGUCCCACCCUCCCCCAGCAGCCUCCAGGCUUUCCUCAGACACGCGGGAGCCAGGAGAGCACCCUUCUCCGCUCGGCUCCAAAGCGAAUCUUUGAAAACACCCACUCGGCUGCCAUCUCUGUCACCUGGCCAGGAGGGGUAGCAAAAAGUCACGAGGACAUAGCUGUCACCAUUGUCAGUUACAACUUGUCUGUGGAAUCCGUAAUCGCAUCUGUGUGCCGCCUCCGAACACAGAACAUUGUUUGGACGGCAGCCCCACUGCACAUAACAGACCCGUGCAUCUUCCUCAGUCAGUUUCUGAAUAUCGUGAAUUCAGGCAGGUGUGUGUUCUCUUCUGCAUGUUUUUAUGCGCUGCCAAUUAGCUUCUACUAACCAUGGUUCAACAGAAAAUAAAUGUGUAUUUGUGAAUAACAAACUGCACAACCUGCAAACCAGGAGAGAGGGACAGGUUCUGUCAGGGUGACACCAGGACAAAGAGACAGGUUCUGUAGGGGUGACAGCAGGACGCAGGGACAGGUUCUGUGGGGGAUGACACCAGGAGAGACAGACAGGUUCUGUGGGGGGCGGUGACACCAGGAGAGAGGGACAGGUUCUGUCGGGGGUGACAAGAGGAGAUAGGGACAGGUUCGGGGGGGGGGGUGACACCAGCAGAGAGGGACAGGUUCUGUCGGGGGUGACACCAGGAGAGAAGGACAGGUUCUGUCGGGGUGACAAGAGGAGAGAGGGACAGGUUCUGCAGGGUGACACCAGGACACAGGGACAGGUUCUGUUGGGGGUGACACCAGGAGAGAGGGACAGGUUCUGUCAGUGGGUGACACGAGGAGAGAGGGACAGGUUCUCUUGGGGGUGACACCAGGACACAAGGACAGGUUCUGUCGGGGGUGACACCAGGCGAGAGGGACAGGUUCUCUGGGGGGGUGACACCAGGAGAGAGGGAUAGGUUCUGUUGGGGGUGACACCAGGAGAGGGACAGGUUCUGUCGGGGGUGACACCAGGAGAGAGGGACAGGUUCUGUUGGGGUGACACCAGGAGAGUGGGACAGGUUGUCGGGGGUGACACCAGGACACAGGGACAGGUUCUGUCGGGUGACAUGAGGAGAGAGGGACAGGUUCUGUCAGUGGGUGACAUGAGGAGAGAGAGACAGGUUCUGUCGGGGGUGACACCAGGACACAAGGACAGGUUCUGUCGCGGUGACACCGGGACACAGGGACAGGUUCUGUCGGGGUGACACCGGGACACAGGGACAGGUUCUGUUGGGGGUGACAAGAGAUAGGGACAGGUUCUGUCAGUGGGUGACACAGAGAGGGACAGGUUCUGUCGGGGGUGACACCAGGACACAAGGACAGGUUCUGUCAGGGUGACACCGGGACACAGGGACAGGUUCUGUCGGGGGUGACACCAGGACACAGGGACAGGUUCUGUCAGUGGGUGGCACCAGGAGAGGGACAGGUUCUGUUGGGGGUGACACCAGGAGAGAGGGACAGGUUCUGUCGGGGGUGACAAGAGAUAGGGACAGGUUCUGUCAGUGGGUGACACAAGGAGAGAGGGACAGGUUCUGUUGGGGGUGACACCAGGACACAGGGACAGGUUCUGUUGGGGUGACACCAGGAGAGUGGGACAGGUUCUGUCGGGGGUGACGCUAGGACACAGGGACAGGUUCUGUUGGGUGACACCAGGAGAGAGGGACAGGUUCUGUCGGGGUGACACGAGGAGAGAGGGAGAGGUUCUGUUGGGGGUGACACCAGGACACAGGGACAGGUUCUGUCAGGGGUGACACCAGGACACAGGGACAGGUUCUGUCGGGAGGACAGCGCUGAUCGUGUCUCAGCAUCAGGAAAGGAGAAAGGCAGAGGGAGAGCGUUGAGAAGACUGUUCACACCAGAUACUUAUUUUUAUUUACUGCUGUAGGAUAAGCAACCAGGUAGUGUUCCUAACAGUUAGUGUUACCAAAAUUAAAGUUCAAAUUAUAUGUUUAAAAUAUUGUAGCAGAAGAUAUAUAUUUAUACUGGACUAUUUUUACACCUUCUAAUAUCCUAUCCAAGUUUGGGCACAGAUGGUGGAGUUGGGCUGGCAUCACGUCCUGUGGCCGCCCCACUUGCCUGUCGGUGCCGCUCCAUCCCGGGCCCCAGGGAUGCCAGCUCGAGGCCGACCACAGCAGCCCUGCGUGGGCGUCACCUCCUACCCUAGCCCCUGUCCUGGACUGCUGCAGCUGCCUGCUUUUGUGAAUGGUGUUUUGUUGGCACAGGGCCUGUCCUGUGUGCUCACGCAUGCCUGUGGCCCCUUCUGCUGUACAAGUGGAGUGGGGAGGAGUUGAGAUGGAGACGCCUUAGCCCUGGACACUUAUCUGUCCCUCUACUGGCCCAGCUCAUCUCCUUCUGUGGGCAAUCACGCGUGCACUGGCCACCCUCCCACCCCACAGCACACACCACGAGGGGAUGGCACAGGGGGACAAUGAGGCUGGGCCGUGAUGGUAUCAAUAGGCUAGAACGUCCUUCAAACACUGAACCUGCAUCUUUCCUCCUCUUACUACUGAACACUUGGUGAGCUCUGGCGGUCCAGGGUGCAGCGUCUGUCCCCGGGCAUGUGAUGGGGAGUCCUGGGCACAUCGAGAUGCUUUACUUCUUUCUUUCCACCUCUUAAAAAACUAAACCAAGCCAAACCACAAAGGAAAUCUGCACAACUCAAGAGAAACUUGAAAGGGAUCGUGUAACUACUAGUUUGUACUAAGUUUUUUUCAAGGAAGGGAAACAAAUUUAUAUAUAUAUAUAUAUAUGUGCAAUAUAUUUUUACACUGUGUGAUUAACAUUAGGGAGUACUGAGCGCAUCACUUUAUCAGUGUGACGGGUGAUGUCCACGUCAUGGCUGUUCUGACUCUGAAAGGCACUUCUGCCGACGUCUAAACCGCACUCACCGGGGACGUCCGCAGGGUGGGGUGGCCCUGCUGUCCCUCCUGCAGGUGAGAGGCGUGGUGUUGCCUGUUGGACUUGCUGUUGAGCCUGGCUUGCAAACCUGUAGUGAAACAGCUCGUGUCUGUGUGCACACUGCCCCUGUGUCUGCUGUCGUUAACAUUGUGUGUCAAGUUGGUAAAGUGACAAAUAAAGGUGUUAAAACAUG